GGCUGCGGCUCGUCUUUACUUUAUCAUUAUAACCACCAUUUUUUAGUAAGAGAAGCUGGUCGCCCUAGCCAGACAUGUUGUGCAGAUUAUCAAGCUUUUUGUUCUUGAUGUAGGCGUCGACGGCUAUUAUUUGCAGCUCGUAUGGUAAAAGUCAUGACAAUGACUUCUUCCGCCGAUGAAAAAUGCUGCGAUCACCUGUCCACCCUGCAGCGGCUUUUGGCCAAACAAGCAGCCCGAGGACAGGGGACAAACGAGCGGGGCGCCACGACUUCUGCCACCUGCUGCUCGCACGCACUCUCGCUGCCAAAUGCGGAGAUUUUAAAGAAGGUGCAAAAUCUCCUUUCCACCACGUACUGGAGCGACGCAGGGGGCCGGCCGCUGUUGCCGCAAGCUUAUCACCUCGAUUGCGGGCCGCGCCAGAACGGGGUGGAUACCGACAAUGUGCGGACGUGGAUAAAGGUGGUUGAGGGUAUACGGGAGGCGGGCAUGGUAGAGACUGAAGUGGAGGAGAUUCUCGUUAUCCGGGCACCUUCUGCUUCUUCCUCGGGAAUAAAGGUCUUAUCCCUUGAGGAAGAGCAAUCGGACCAUGAAAUGCCUUCCAAUCGCCGGCUUCUACGACUGACGAACGCGGGUGCUGCAGCAGUGCUGGAGCAAAGCAGCGGGGUAAAGAGCGCGUUGGAAAGGUGCCUUCUGAACACGAGAAGCGAAGUGCUGUCUGAGGCUUCGCGGUACAUUCGCUUGGUGAAACUGCAGUGGCCAACUUCCACGCGGGCAAAAAGAAAAAACGGCGACGAAUCUUCGCAAGCUGGUGCAGUCAAGAUAAGUGAGGAAACUGACGCCGGCGGUGCGGACCAGGAGCUGCACCUCCGGAGAUUCCUAGAGGCUCUCGACAAGCCGAACGGCACAGGGGACGAAUGUUGUGAGCGGGUCAUCAAGCCUUUCACAUUUUGCGAGCUGUUCGCAGGCUUGGGCGGCUUCCGGAUCGGGCUCGAGGCGCUCGGCGGAAAGUGCGUUUUUGCGUCCGAGAUCAACCCGGUAUGCCAGGCAGUGUAUGCCGGCAGGUGGAACGAGAGGAAGCCGGGCGAUGAGGAGGAAGCGAAAAGCGUAGCAUCGAGAGGCAACGACAAUACAAUAAAAUCUACAAUGGGCUCAGCAGCUUCUAAUACAAAACCUCCGAACAACAACAAUUACGUACCCGGCCCCGCAGCGGCAAAAGCGGAUAGCAUUCCUGUUCUCGGCCCGGCCCUCUUGCACGGGGAUAUCACGAAAGUGCCCUGCUCCGCAAUACCGAGCCACGACUUGCUGGUUGGCGGCUUCCCGUGCCAGCCGUUCUCUCGGUUGGGCAACCAAGACGCGUUUGACGAGAAGCGGGGGAGAGGCGUUUUGUACUUGGAAAUUUUACGGAUUUUGCAGGAGAAAAAACCAAAAAUGUUCCUGCUCGAAAAUGUACCGGGGAUUGCGGAUGGGAAGGAAGAUACUGAGGUUGAAUUUUGCGAAAAUAUUAGUACCGACGUUGCUGCAGUGGAACAAGAACUUCCGGCGAAGCGGGCGAAGAAAGACGCGAUGGCGUUUGGGGACCAGGACAAGACCACUUCAUCCAGUAAUAAAGUGCAGUCUUCUUGUUCUCAGCAAAAGUCAUCGCCCCUGGACAUCAUUCUCUCUGACCUGAAGCUUGGUGGUCUGUAUAACGUUCAAGCGAAGAUUUAUUCCUCGGCCCCAUUAACGGUCCAGCAGCGAAAGCGCGUCUACUUCGUCGGCGUGCUGCGCGAAGAGGGGAAGAAGAAGCGAAAGAUUCGGUUUCCAGAAGAAAUCCUUCCGGACCUAGGGUUGAUCGCCGAGGACGCGAUCGAGUUUGAGGAGCCUUCACCCGCUGUGCGCACGGCCGGCGACGCGGAAACGACAGGCGGUGGCGGCAAAGGUUUCGGAAAGCAAAGCGGAAAGACGCCGACAAACCACGACCCCGGUAGAUCCCUGCGUCUCUCCCCGAGCCAGUUCGAGAAACUCUGGCACAAACUCCCCUCCCUCCAGCGACAAGGAAAAAACCUGUUCCUCUACCCCACGACAAAGAAGCUCGGGCCGGUGGUGUCUCACUACGGGCAUUCGCCGGGUCACGGGAACUGUCAGCUCGUGGCGCGGCCCUGUGACUCAGUGGAAGGCGGCGUUCCGCGACUGCUCUCUGCGGCGGAGUGUUUGCGAGUGAUGGGCAUCAACCCGAAGGACUUUCUGCCGAAGAUGGAAACGGACUGGGUCCCCGGUGCGGUGAAGUUUCCGUCUUCCAAGCCGCUAAUAAAGAAGUCCUGCUACCACAUCAUCGGGAAUGCAGUGUGCCCGCCAAUCAUCGCGUGGCUGGCAGAGAAGGUGGUGCUGCCAGCUGGUGGGUUUGUGGAGAAGAGGGCGAAGGCCUCUACUAGUGAAGCGUGUACAGAAGUAGAUGGAACAAAGAAAGGCAGUGCAUUGCCUGUUUAUCUGAGAUUAGCAUUGGAAGCUGUGAAAGAUGUCACGAACGUGACGCGCGAAUGAAUAAUCGAAAAGCCAAAGAGCUUCUGAAAC